AUGAUCGAAAUAACAGUAAAUGAUCGUUUAGGAAAAAAAGUACGUAUAAAAUGUAAUCCAUCGGACACGAUUGGUGAUUUAAAAAAAUUAAUCGCGGCACAAACAGGAACAAGGUAUGAGAAGAUCGUUUUAAAGAAAUGGUACACGAUAUAUAAGGAUCAUAUAUCACUGCAAGAUUACGAAAUUCAUGAUGGUUUCAAUUUCGAAUUAUAUUAUCAAUGA